AGAAGCAUCGGGGGCGUUCGGCUGUUGUAUCCGAGAGGUCUGAAAUUGCCUGGGCUGAAAAACUAUCUUUUCUGUGUAAUUUCUUUUGACAUUAUAUGUUGUCAGGCUCUGCGAGUCCCCCGGCUCAAGGUUGAGGCUCAAGGCGCUCGACAUUUGAUCCCCUCUGCCUGGGUAACCUCCAGUGGGGUCGAGUGCGCGUCAGGGAGUCACACGCCUGCCGCCUAGAGUAAUCUUGCACUGUCAUUCAUUUGACACGUUUGAUCGCCUUGAGUGGUCGUCAAUUGAUUUGUUUCACACGUUUGUCGCCUAGAGUGAUAUUGCACUGCCAUUCAUUUGACACGUUUGAUCGCCUUGAGUGUUCUUCAAUUGAUUUGUUUUGUUGGGUGCUUCCGAGGCAGUCUUUGCAAUCUUUCGCUAUGCCACACGUACGGAGUGCGAGUGCUCGCAUUAUGCGUCGGGCGCUGGCUGUUAAAAAUGGAUACUGUGUGUAUUUACCUAUUCGUUUGCCUCUGGAUGGUUUGGUGCCACCUACGUGUCUCCCACCACCAGGGCUGGAGCGGGCGACUGCCGAUUCGGUUCUAGAUUAUCUCUUGUUGCGCGAUCCACCUGUUGUUAAACGCAGUUUGGAGGAGGAGGAAAAGGAGGCUGACAUUAUGACUGUUUCGGAGAAUCUUUCUUGCCGUAUGCAGGCGUCUGAAUCGCUGGUUGCUGUAGAUAUUGGUGCGCAGGCUUCUGAAUCGCUGGUUGAUGUUGGAGUGCAGACGGUUGAUAUUGGAGUGCAGGCUUCGGUAGAUAUUGGAGUGCAGGCUUCUUCUAGUACGGAUGUUGCGGACUUUCAUUGUGAAGUCGGCUGUCAGACAGAGAGUGUCGUUGGGAUGGAGGGAGGAGCUUCAGGAGUUCUUUUUGGGAAAGUGACUGUGGCGGCGGAGGAGGAGCUGGAGGCACCCUCGUGUGCGGAGUCUUCUCCGAACGUGCAGUCUGUUUCUGAUAGCCGCGCCUUGUCAGGAGCGUCCCAGGGGUGUCUGAAUCGCCCCGUCACGCUCAAUGAAGCAUCGAAGGAGUCGCGCCAGAGGACUCGAGGGAGAGAUCGUGACCAGGUCAUUGGGACAUCGACGUGCUCUCAGGCCACCAUUGCCGAUGUCAAAGCGUGGAUUGGCGAUGUUGCCAGCAUCAACGAGUUGAAUGCGAUCCAGUAUUUAAAGAACGGAAUGGAUUUGUUUGAUAAGCUGGUGACAGAACGUGGGUUCUCUACAAAGAGGGCCCAAACAUAUUAUGCUCGGAAACUGUAUGAGAUGCUCCAGAAUGUGCAAGCGACACUGGAGGAUCUUUUGGGAUUCUUCGAGGUGCACAGGUUCUUGACAGGACAAAUGAACCGCGCCGAGACUGCCAAGUUUCUGGAGGUUUCCAAGUGCAGCGAUUACCGAAUAAUAUUCUUCGGACGCCCGAGGAGUUUCGACAAGUUGGGAUGAAGCUAUUCGUGCGCAAGUGGAUUGUUGACUGUGAUUGCAUAGUCUCGUUUGUUUGUGCUCUAAGAAUUCAGUGUGUGCAUGUUCAGUUCUUGGCCAGGUCUCCUGGCUCUCACGUCGUAACAUUAUCCUUGCCUUAUCAAAGCCAGCUUUGAUGGGGGUGUUUGUAGCCGCGGAAGUGCCUGUGGUGUGUGUGGAUACAGAUUGGUCUGCGAAACAAAUAUAUCUUCUCGCGGACCGACAUCAUUUUCAAGGAUGUGUAUCUUGAGGCUUGGUGUCUGCCACCAAGCGCCACUGUUACAGAUACGGAACUAUCAGCGGCGGAGCGCGUAUGCGAUGUGCUCCCACAGGUAGUGCAGACCUUCUUUGAUCAUUCGCAGGGAUAAGUCACACAUUGUUUCUUCUUUAUCUGUGUUCUUGUUUAUUCCAACAGCUUCGCUGUUCACUGACUCAUUCGUUUUUAUCUUUGUGUGCUUUGCGUUUGAUUGUGUCAUUGCGGCAUGCGUUUCUCUUCAUUCCUUCAGCUUCGCUGUGUGGUAUAAGAGCUGACUGCUUGCGUGAUAAAUAAGAGGCUCUGUUUCGCCUGAUACUUUGUUGGACCUGGCCUUAGUGGCCAAGACGGUCCCAGCAAAGACGCAAAAAAAAAGGUUGACGGUUUACCGCCAGCGCCCAGUCCUUUUGGCUUCCCGCAGGAAGCCUCGGCGCGAGUGACUGACUCGUAGAGCUUCCCUAAGCUAGUACCUCGUAGAGCUCUCCGGCAAAGAGCUAAGAGAAAUUCGGGCUCAGGGUGGAGCUAGUACCUCGUAGAGCUCUUCGGCAAAGAGCUAAGAGGAAUUCGGGCGGAGGGUGGAGCUAGUUGGCCGGCCCAACGAAAAGAGAGAAUG